CUAAGAAAGGAUCGUGAUUCAUUGUUCUUGUGUAGGCUCAACAUGAGAGCAGAUAACAGUGCACUAAAAGCAGAGAACGAUAAGAUUAGAUGCGAGAACAUUGCCAUCAGAGAAGCUCUCAAGCAUGCUAUAUGCCCAAACUGUGGUGGUCCUCCUGUUAGUGAAGAUCCUUUUUUAGAUGAGCAAAAGCUUCGCAUGGAAAACGCACAUCUCAGAGAAAAGCUUGAAAGAAUGUCCACGGUUGCAUCAAAGUACAUGGGAAGACCAAUCUCUUCUGACAUCUCAACGCUACAUCCAAUGCACAUCUCCUCGUUGGAUCUGUCAAUGACUAGCUUAACUGGUCCUUCACUGGAUUUCGAUCUUCUUCUAGGAAGCUCUAUGUCUAGUAACUUUUCUACAUCGGACAUGGAUAAGCCUAUUAUGAACGACAUUGCUUUGACUGCUAUGCAAGAAUUACUCAGGCUUGUUCACACAAACAAGCCUCUGUCGAACAGAGCAGAUGGGUGCAGAGACGUUCUCAAUCUUGGAAGCUAUGAGAAUGUUUUCCCAAGUUCAAGUAACCGAGGGAAGAACCAUAACCAUAGAAUCAAGGCGUCUAGGUCUUAUGCUAUGAGAAUUUCAAUUGAUACCAAAAAGAGUUUUUGAGAAUACUAGGGCUAGUUGCAAUACUUCGAGAGACAUAUUUUAUGAAGCAAGUUUUCAUAAAUCAAUGAUCUAAUAACUAC